AUGCCUCCUAAAAAGAAGAGCAAGACUUUACAAGAAAAAAACAAGAAAUUGAUUCCUAACGACGCCCAAUGGUGUCUUGCUAAAGGAGUUUCUUUAACGUUUAAAGAAUAUAUUGCACACUGGGACUGUCUUGAUAGAGAUCAGGAACAGCAUCGAUUUGGGCGACUGCUACAAUUCCAAGAAUCUCAGACAGCCGCCAGUCUGCCGUCUGAAUUAUCCAGCUCUAGUAAUGAUGAGGAUCCUUCCAGCUCUACUGACCCUACUCCUACUGCCAUUCCUGGCUCUCCCACUGUUUCUACUACCUCUUGUGGCCCAAAUGAAUCGAUAAGCCUCACCGACUUAAAACUUCACGGAAUACAUCAUCAUUUGACCAAUAUCAGGAAAAACUUUAUCAACGAAGAACAGAUAAACAAUGAAUCAUAUUUCUUGAAAGAUGUCAUCGUCAGUCGUCUAUCCAACAAAUACCAAAAUGCCGUUAGCAGCAUUAUUGAAGAGCACAAAUACCUCCCGAUCGAAUCUCAUGUGCAUGAGCUAGCGUCGCUAACUCAUAUGUUGAAUUGGGGAAUGUUAAUGAAAAGCUAUUUGAUAUCGCGUCAGAAAUUAAACCUGUACAUCGACCUGCUUGGGAUGGUCAAUAGAUGAGAUGCAUAUAAAACAUGUUGAAAAGUUGAAAUAAUUAAUAUAUGGCUAAUCAAUGUCCAAAUCGUAAAAACCCAUUGCCGGGUACUAUCUUGACUUGAAUCGAUAAUGGCAUCCAAAACCAUUUGGGUUUCUUUGUAUCUUGAAUGGAUAAUAUCGGGGUGUUGAGAUUUUUUACAAGUAUCCCAAAAAAUAUGAUUGACCAUGAGUCACUUUUGG